CCCCCCCCCCCAACACGCACACAUAGCCGGUGGAAUUUGUGUGUGGGCUCCGCUUGCAGAAAUGCAGAGCUGACAUAGUCGGGCACCCACUGACACUCGCAUGCCCAGGAAGCUGCCUGCUCUGCCCAGAUUCCACCUACGGAUGCUGAGCCACCCUUGAGAUCUCUUAGAAGCCCACAGGCAGGGUGGCAAUUGUCCUGGGACAGAAGGGUCUGCAGCAUCACUUCAACCCCGGCUAGGACUCCAUCGUCCCUCUUUGCUGCUGUCCAUCAGGCCCAAGUGCCCUGUCUCUGUUAGUAGCCGGCAGCAUCCGAACCAGAGGCUCCGCUUCCAUCUGCUGACUCCAAGGUGGAAAUCUUUUUUGCCCUUCUGCUUCCCAAGACAACCCGGGCUCCGGUUCAGCUUGCUCUUUUCCUUCCAGAUCCCCACCCAGUUCGUCCAAACUCGAUGCUGGAAGCAUCAACGGGAGAGAACGCCUGUCGACGCUGCUAAAAGGUGGGCAGAUGUAAAAAAGAACAGCCAUCCUCUUUUAGCUUCACGUUGGAUAGAGAAGACCAGGAGAGAGAGGGCUUAGCAGCCGCAGAGUGCCAUGCAAGAUUGACAGCCCCUCUUCAACACCACUGUUAAAGUGUGGACAACCUGAAAAUUGUUGGAAGCGAAGAACUGUAGCUCUGAAGGUCUUCUGCUUAGGUCCUCAGCUCCACCGCAGAACAUCUGAACUCCCUUGAACCAACCACUGCAAAGUAAUAACAGCAUGAAGUGCUUCUACAAAGCUCUCCUCGUCUCCUGGGUCCUGUUUGAAGGGGUCCUGGCUGGUCCAUGGAGUGCAUGGAUGCCCGAGCACAUGUCCGCCUUCGAGGGCACCUGCGUCGUCAUCCCUUGCCGCUUCAGCUACCCCGAUGAGCUGCGCCCGUCGGCCGUGCAUGGGAUCUGGUACUUCAACAGCCCUUACCCCAAGAACUACCCGCCUGUGGUCUACAAAUCCCGCACCAACAUUGUCCACGAGAGCUACUUGGGGCGCACCCGCCUGCUGGGAGAGCUGAACUUCCGCAACUGCACGCUGCAAAUCUCCCGCCUCAGCCCCGAGCUCACCGGCAAAUACUACUUCCGCGGGGACUUGGGAGGAUACAAUCAGUACACAUACCCUGAGCACUGCAACCUGGAAAUCAUCAACAAACCCACCAUUGUGAGCCCCCCAGAAGUGGUGGAAGGGACUGAAGUGGAGCUGCGCUGCGUGGUGCCGGAUAACUGUCCCGACAUGAAGCCCAUCAUCACGUGGAUGAACCACGAGAACCUAGCCGAGCACUCAGUCUACGCGCAAGUGGAAGAGGAAGGCGGCACCUGGUCCCUCGUCUCCCUGCUCAAAUUCAUGCCGUCGCGCGAGAACCAUGGGCACGAGCUGGGCUGCAAAGUCACCUACUCCAACACCACUUUUGAGUUUGAUGGGUUUACUACCUUGGAUGUCAAAUACCCGCCCCGCAUUCUGCAGGCGAACUCUUCCGUGGAGGUCAUUCAGGGCUCGCAAGUGGUGCUGGUGUGCUCCGUGGACAGCAGCCCCAUGGCCUUGAUCUCGUGGCUCCGAGAAGACGAAAUUCUGCACGAGGACAUGGCAGGAAGCCUCACGCUUCAUCUGGACAACAUCACCCACCUGCAGGACGGCAUCUAUACUUGCGCGGCUGAGAACAUUUACGGCAAGGACAACCAUUCCCUGGCCUUGGCUGUGCUGUAUGCCCCUUGGAAGCCUGUGGUGAACGCCUCUGUGGUGGCCGUGGAGGGAGAGCCGGUCACUAUCCUGUGCAGCUCGCAGAGCAACCCUGAGCCCAUGAUCACCAUCUUCAAGGACAAGAAGCCCAUGGCCAUGGGCGUCUACCAGAACCAAGUGGCUCUGGAGUUUGAGUCUGUGACGCAUGAGGACGACGGGGAAUACUGGUGCACGGCAGAGAACCAGUUUGGCCAGCGCAGCACUGCCUUCAACCUCACCGUUGAAUUUGCUCCCCUUAUCCUUUCGGACUCCAAGUGCACAGCCGCCCGGGACACCGUGAAGUGCAUCUGUGCGGCCAAAUCCAACCCGGAGGCUGUGAUUACCUUUGAGCUCCCCACGCGCAACGUGACGGUGAACGAGACCGACCGGGAGUUUGUGUACUCGCAGAAGACCGGCUACAUCGUCACCAGCAUCCUGACCUUGCAGAGGGAGGUGGACUCCCAGCUUUACAUCGUCUGCUCAGCCAGGAACUUCUACGGCACCAGGAACCAGCAGCUGCAGUUCCACCACUCCAAUAGUCUGAUGUGGGCAAAAGUGGGGCCUGUUGGAGCGGUGGUGGCCUUUGCCAUCCUCAUAGCUGUCGUGUGUUAUGUCAGCCAGACCAGGAAAAAGAAAAGUAUGAAUGAAAGUUCGAGUUUCAUGCAAACAGAAAACCCUCCUGUCGCCUACAGCGGAGACUACAGGACUCCUGGCCAUCUGGAGAAAUCAGAGUAUGGGCGCUGCGACAAACGGCUCUUGAACAAGGACCUGGGCAUUGACUACGCCAACAUAGACUUCACCAAACUAUCCACGAAGGACAGCUACACCCUGACGGAGGAGCUGGCUGAGUACGCCGAGAUCCGAGUCAAGUGAGCCCUUUCCCCAGCCACCGCGGCAGGCAGCUCCCAUGGACCGCCACCCAUUGGAACUAUUGUAGUCUAAUGAAACGCCUGGCCACGCCUCUUGGCUUUGGCUUCCUAGUCCUGAGAAGACCCUACCAAUUGGUUUUGAUGUCUUGAUGCUCGCCCUUUAAAUGCUCAUCUGUAUCUCCCUGGGCCCCUUUCCUUUCCCUCUCCAGAGUGCAUACUGAAGAUCAAUCUAAUGCAGAUUAGUCUGUCCA